UAUUCUCCUGAGGAACCAGCCUUGUCCAGCCCAGCGUCUAGUAAUCAGCAGAACCAGAAGGCCGAACCAGAAUGCCUCUACCCCGUCCCGGACGACCUUGAGGUGAAGCUGGGGAGAGCAGGCACCUCCAGAGUUCCAGACCACCUUCAGGCUGGCUUCCGCUACUGUGUCUGCAUCCACCAGGAUCUCACUGAGGGACCAGACUACCAGGGCUGCCCCUCCCCAGCUUUGCUGCCCUCAAAGCCCACCUAUUGGACAGCUAUAGGCACAGCGCGGACUGUAACCGCCUCCACAGUGACAUGAUCAGACUGUGUCCGUCUCUUCCUCCUCUAUUGGUGUAGGUAUCUGAGGAGCCAUCCUCCCCCAGCCCAGUCCACAAUGAUCAGCAGGACCAGGAGCCUUUUAGGGCCCAUUGUCUCUACCCCGUCCCUGACAGCCUUGAGGCGAAACUGGGAUCAAGGCAAGGCAGAUGCACUGACCACCUCCAAGCCAACUUUCUCCACUAUGUCUCCUGCCAGGUCUGUGUGUUGUGUGCUAUCUGGGGGGUGGGUGGUUGAGAAUUGAGCAGAACACACAUUUCUGUUGUUCACUGUAACAUAUGGACAAUAAAGUUGUAUUGUAUUGCAGGUCUCCAAUGAGGGCACAUGCUCCAGGGCUCUGAGGGCUACCAGUGUGCCCUGGGUCAGCUGCCCUUCCCCAGCCUGGCUGCUCUCCUGUCCAGCUGGGAACCCCGGCAGGACUGUAGCCUCCUCUACAGCAAGAUAAUCAGGCGUUGUCCCUCUCCUCCUCCCAUGGUGGUGGAACCAGUCAGGCCCCUCACGUAAGGAGCACCCGGGGUUUAGGCCUGCCCGGUCUUCAGGCCUGCGCACCUGCUCAUCCUCUGUCUCAGCCGCAACGAGACCUCCAAGACACCCAAAGUGCCUUCAUCCAUACCUGCCUUCCAGCUCAUCAUCCUCAGUGGGGUCUACCAGGAGCCAUGAACAUCAACCAUCUCCUGUCCCACCUUCCUCCUGCUCAUCCAUACCCUCCAGAAAGAGAAGACAACGUGAGCUAUAGAGAGACCCCCAGGAGCCCCAGCCUCCAGCCCAGCUGCAGCACUCCAUAUCGGGGAUUCGAGACCCACCAGCCUGGCCCAUUCUGGAUGCAACCCAUGGAAAGGCUCCAGAGCUACCACCCCCAGCCCAGCCACAGCAGUCUGACUCGGGGAGACGAGAGCCACCAGGCUGGCCCCAGCCCCAGCAAGAGGCGCAGGGAACCAGAGGAGGCACUAGAGGGAUACCCUGGACCAAACUGCACAACACGGAGGGGCGGCAGAAGCAAGACAAAGUCAAAGCGCAAGAUACUACAGACAGUGCUUGACUUGGACUAAAAUAGGUACCGGUAUAUUUCGGUGCAGGAGCUCCACAAUACUUUUGAGCUAAUAUUCUAGAAGAACAGGAUCUCAAGCAGAACAUACUGUAAGAGGUGCCGGUACUCGACUCCGGUGAGCUCCUGACCAAG